CGGGCUCAGGUGCGCGGUGGGAGGAGCAGAGCCCCACAGGUGCCUUCUCCCUGCGCCUGCGCCCUGCGCGCCCCGCCUUCGCAGGUGCGCCCCGCCCCGCCCUGGCCGGCCACCUUCUGUAGCUCCUUCCAGGCGCCCGCCAUUGGGUCCAGCGCCCACCGAGCGUCUGGAGGUGUGACGGGGCUCCGAACGGUGGGGGAGGCGCUGCGUGUCGCUGGCUGGGGGCAAACGGGCGAGUGAGGAGCGUUCUCCCGCACUGUGGGCGUAGGAGGCAGACAGUCCGCACACCGAAGGUCCGAGACAGCGGCUUCCCGGAGGCUCGGGCCUGAGCGCCAGCGCCGCCGUCCCCUGAGCGCCCGCACCUGAAAGCGAGGCGCUGCAGUGCGCGUGCGCGCCGAGGGGCGUCCCGCACCUGAUCGCGAGACCCCAACGGCCGGCGGCCGGGUGCAGCCCGUCAUGGCGCAGCUGCGUGGGCGGUGGCGGUGCGGGGCGCUCCUCGCCCUGCUGGCAGCGCUGCUCCUUUUCCGGGCCGAGGCGGCCGACGGCGAACGCGACGUGCACGACUUUUGCCGAGUUCCGAAGGUCGUGGGAAGAUGCCGAGCCUCCUUCCGUAGGUGGUGGUACAAUGUCACUGGCGGAUCCUGCCAGCAGUUUGUGUAUGGAGGCUGUGGUGGGAAUGGCAAUAAUUACCUGACCAAGGAGGAAUGUCUUGAGAAGUGUGCUGGCGUCACGGAGAACACCCUUGAUGAUCCAGCCACCAGCAAGAAUGGAGCAGAUUCCUCUAUCCUAAGUGUUCCCAGGAGGCAGGAUUUUGACGACUCCUCCAGCGAUACUUUCAACUACGAAGAGUACUGCACUGCCAAGGCGGUCACUGGGCCUUGCCGCUCAUCCUUCUCACGCUGGCACUUUGAUGCCGAGAAGAAUUCCUGUGAUAACUUCAUCUAUGGAGGGUGCUGGGGCAAUCGAAACAACUACAUCUCCAAAGAGGAGUGCAUGAACCGCUGCUUUGGCAAGCAGUUGUCGCCUGUCUCCCACAGCACCAACGUGGUGGUCCUGGCGGUGCUGUUCGUGAUGGUCCUGAUCCUCCUGCUGGGAGCCUCCGUGGUCUGCCUGAUCCGGGUGGUGCGGAGAAACCAGGAGCGUGCCCUCCGCACCGUCUGGAUCUCUGGGGACGACAAGGAGCACCUGGUGAAGAACACGUGCCACUUGUGACUGCCCUGUCACCAAGAGUCCACCCCUUUUCAGGAUUCAGGACUCCUUGUUGGUGAUGAGAAGCUGGGGAGCGAGGAGAGACAACUAGAAUGCGUGUGUACUUUUUGAAAUAGAGUGAUUGAUUUGUAUUUUUGUGAUCAUUAGGGCUUUUGGUCUGUUUGUCACUCCAGAAGUUACGAGGGCCGCUCCUGGCCGCUGGGGGCAGGCUUGCUGUGGACAUCUGCCCAGGAAAGGGCUCUGGUUCCCGUCCAGGUGCACGUGGCCUGGCGCGGACCAGUUGCUUCCUCUUUGAUUUCUCUUUGCUCCAGGUAUAGUUUUCUUUUCUUGUGUUGAAUCCUUUUGCCUCCUUUACCAUCACAGAAGUGAUGUUUUAAUAGUUUCCUUUGUUUGUCUGAUUUGUGGGGUUUUUUUUUUUUUUUUAAGGAAGCC